UCUUAUCUGAGCACGUCCAUAGUAACAUUUAUUUUCGAUAGGUACGUUGAACUAGGCAAGCACUACUUCUCUCAGUUUACAAUUAUCCGAGCGGGGGAACGCUCGAUUCACGUAUAGAAAUAGUUUAAAAAACGAAAUACUUCAAAAUGUCGCGGGUGUUUUUAUUUCUUAUUUCUUGUUUAAUUUUAUUAAACGUAUCGGAAGGAUCGAAAAUUUUGAUGGUAUUUUCUCUGCCGUCUAGAAGUCAUUACAUACUAGGUAGAUCUUUGGCUACCGGAUUAAGGCAAGCUGGACAUGAUAUUACGAUGAUUACCAAAUUCACAGAAAAACCGCCUGAGGGUAGUGGUAGCUUUAGAUACAUUACUAUACCUGAUUGUCAAUUGGGUGAUUCCUGUUGGGGUUAUUAACAGACAAAAAACUCUUCAUGAAACGGACUUGGAAGUUGUUAUUCUUUCAUAAAAUAUUCAUUUGUAAACUCAGCAUUUAUUUUAUUAUAUAUACUUGUAUUAUAGAUUUUUGGUCAAGAUUUUGUUGUAACAUUGUAUUAAUAUUUUGUAACUUUUGUUCAGUUAAUAUUUUAUUGUAUUUUCGUGUUAAUAAAGUUGUUAUUUGUUUUUUAAAAAA